CACUGAAAUGCAGCACUGAUAUGUGGCACUGACUGGCACUGUUAGGCGGCACUAACUGGCACAGAUGGGUGACAAGAAAGGCAGCUCAGAUGGGCACCGAUAUGUGGCAUUGAUGUGCACUGGUAGGCACUGAUAUGUGGCAUUGAUGUGGCACUGGCACGUGGCACUGUUCAGCACUGGCAGCUGGCACUGAUGGACACUGAUAGGUGGCACUUCUGGGGCCACACUGAUCAUCAGGGCACACUGAUCAUCAGUGCCCUGAUGAUCACUGUCAGCGUGACAGCUCGUGAGGAGAGAAAUGCUGAUAACCGGCAUUUCCCUGUUUACAUGUGAUCAGCUGUGAUUGGACACA